UAUGUAAACAAAAAAUCCUUGAAAUGUCCAGUUGAAACCCAGAUUUUGGAUUGAAAACUUUUUACUGUUGCUGAACAUUUUCUUUGACGAGAUUUAGAUAUUUAGAUGAUUGUAAUGAAGGUUCUCAUCCCAUUUCUUUGUAUCAUCUCUCUUGGCUCGUCAAAAUUUUACCUGAUAGAAACCAAGGAUUCUCCUGCUUUGUCUCAAAGAAAACCUCCUAGUGAACAUAAAGCCACUGAACCAAUUUAUGCACCUCAGGUACUGGGCAAUACUUUUGGAAAUGAUUAUUCAAUUGAAGAAGAUGAAAAUUCAGACGUUGGUGAAGACGAAUUUGUACAUAGUGAAACAUUGGAAUAUGUUGACAAGGAUGAAAUAGAUGAAACUGGAGCUGAGGGUGAAACUGGAGCAAAUAAUAAAACUGGAUCAGAUGAUGACUCUGGAGUAGACGAUAAAGAUGAAGCAAACGAAAGUACUGGAGCAGAUGAUAAAACUGGAGCAGAUAAUAAAACUGGAGCAGAUGACGACACUGGACCAGACAAUAGAAAUGGAGGAAAUGAUGAACUUUUGGAAGAUGAAACAGAUUUUAAAAAUAAUGUUGUUGUUUCUCAAAACUUUGUUGAUAACAACAAGGAUUUUGAUGAUGCAAAUAUGAAUACCUAUAAUGCAAAUGAUGCAUUAAGUUCUAUGAAUGAACAAGUUUUUCAAAAUAUCAAACAAUCCAACGGAGUAAAAACGGGGUUUGAAAAUAACUUUGCUGUUUCGAAAAAUUUAUUUGAUGACAUGGAGAGUUUUGGUGAUGUAAAUAUUAAUGCUGAUAUUGCUAAUGAUGCUUUUAGUACUUUUAAUCAACAAGUUUUUCAGAAUAAUCAUCAGAAUGAAAAUGUGAUUCACCAGGUCAAAAAUUCCAAUGGGUUCAAUUGGAUAGGACCAAUAUAGACUAUUUAAAGAAUAAACACUUGUAAAGUUUAUAUAUUCAAAACAAAACAAGUAAACUAGA